AUGCAAGAAGACUCGUUUAUCAAGAAAAACAAGACAUAUCAGGACGAGAUCAAUGGCCGGGGCGAUCUUACUUGGACUUUGCUCAAGUCCGAGUUGAAAGAGAGCAAGAUCCACCGCCUCAAGCUUAACCAAGCCCUAGAAGUCAUGCACCAAAGUUUUGAUCCUGCUGAGGACCCUGUGACCCACAAAGACGUAUCGGAAGACAUUAUUUUCAAUGCGGAAAGAGACUUCUGCACCGCCAUUUUGGAGACAGGAGACGAGGUGGUCACGGUGGCGAAUCUGAAGGUGCAUCAAGGUUUCGAAGACAAGGGAACUCAGGUCUUGAUGCAGAAGCUCGUGUUGCCUUCGGCACAAAGCGCGUUGAAGACGUGGACGAGCAGUUCGAUUGCGUUUUCAACCAUGACGGAGGAUGAGAAAGAAGAUCUUCUCCUUGCCUUCGAUUGCGUGGACUUCCAGGACACAAUAAUGUGCCAGAAGCAACUUUUGAAGAAGAAUGAGGAAUGCCAUGGUGAUUCUAGUGAUGGCUCUACAAUAUCUCAUGAAGAACAUGCUUAUAUCUAUGUGGAGGAUGAUUGA